CAAUUAGCCAGAACAGCAGGAAAUUUCAAGCCAAAUGUUCUCGCUCAACUGGAAACAAAAAUUUCGGCGGAAGGAAAAAUUGCCUGCCACCGAGAAAAGUUUAUAAAUAAAGAGGGAGAUGAAUUAGUUAAAACUAUUAAUUCAGUUCUUGUUUUUGAUUACCUAGAAAAUUUAGUGGAAAAAUUUAAUAGGGAUGUUUCUUUGAAUUCAAUUUUCCGUAACGAACAAGUAAAUAAAUUUUAUUGGCGAGUAUUAAAGGAAAACCAAGAAACUUAUGGAGAUAAUUUAACGACGGAAGAACAAAGAUUACUUAAUGAAUUUCGGGAAAAACUAGAAAAUAAUGUUUAUGAAAGUGAAGAAAAUUUUGACCCUUCUUUGUUCAGUGAAACAAGUGAAACAAAUGAGGAUUUAAUUAUUGCCCGGAACAACGCCGUAGCAGCGCUACGCAACCAAAAUUCCGAGGCGGAAAUCACCGCCGAACGCGAGCACUUAACUGGCUUAAUUGAUAAAGAAGGCCGCAUAAUAAAUUAUAAUAAUUUAUUAGGCGAUAUUAAUACGGCAAGGAACGAGGAAGCAGUAAAUUUGCUGGAUGAGCGGAUUGAUGGAUUAGACUAUACAAACUUGGGAACUAGAACCAAAAAUGAGUUAAAAAUUGCCCAAACGGCACGAAAGCAGGUUAUUACGGAGUAUACUGCUCAUCUAAACAAACAAGUUACGGAUUUAGGGGAAAAACAAGCAUGGAUUAAUUUUUUUACGGGACAAACAUCAGCAAUUAUUAAUAAUGAACAACGAACUAGAUGGAUAGAAAGCGGAUUAACUCCGACCGAAGCCCAACAAGCUUACAAUAAGG